AUGGCAAGGAAUAGUUCUUCUUCCUUUGCUGCUGUUCCGAAUUUGAUAACAACAACAGCUGAGAUGGAGGCACCAACAUGCUCGAUUGAAAAUAAGUUUACUUUAGAACAGAUAGAGAAAAUACCUAAAGCUGAGCUGCAUAGACACUUGGAUGGCUCUCUAAGAAUUCAAACCAUGCUAGAUCUUGCUAAUAGAUACCACUUAAAUUUGCCAGCAAAAACCGAAGCUGAAUUGUCAAAGCAUUUGAUUAUUCCUGACAAUUGUGCAAGCUUGGAACAAUAUUUGGAAGCUUUCAAAUUUACGUGUGCUGUUUUGCAAGUAGGUUUUUACAUUAGGUGUUUUCUGACAAGGUUUUACAAUAAUAUUGUUGCAAAUGAUUUACUUAAGAGUGAAUAUUCAUUGGAAAGAGUGACGUAUGAGGUUUGUGAGGAUGCAUACAAAGAAAAUACUACCUAUUUAGAGAUUCGGUUUGGACCUAUACUGCAUACCAAUUCAGGACUCUCCUUGAAACAAGUCAUGGACUCAGUUGUUAGGGGCAUUGAAUAUGCUGAGAGAACAUUACCUGGAUUUACAGGACGGAUUAUUGUGUGUGGAUUGAGAGAAAUGAACCCUGAUGUUGUUUAUGAAAUGGCCGAGAUUGCAACUAAAUAUUCUCAUGCAAAAACAGUGGCAUUUGACUUGGCAUCUAAAGAAUUAGAAUAUCCUGCAAGUUUACAUAGACGAUCAUUUCAAUUGGUUCAUGAGAACUAUUUAAUGGCUACAUGUCAUAGUGGUGAAGCUGCUGGAUCUGAUUAUAUCAAAGACGCUAUAAUUAACUGUGGUGUGCAACGAAUUGGGCAUGGAACAAAAUUAUUUCAAGACCUAAAGCUAUUAGAAUACGUACGGGCCAGAAACAUCGCUUUGGAAAUUUGUGUGACUAGCAAUUUCCAAACAAAAGCUACACCUAGUUAUGCAGAUCAUCCAUUGCCAUUUUAUUUCCGCAAAGGCAUUGCUGUUUGCGUGUGUACGGAUAACACCCUUAUGAGCAAUAUCACUCUUUCCAAAGAAUUGUACAAAAUUCAACGACUUUAUAACUUUACAAAUGAGGAAUUACUUAAGAUCAUGCGAUUCAGUUUUGAGAAUGCAUUCAUUUCAUAUCCAGAAAAAGUAGAGCUAUUGCAAACGUUUGACACAUACGUUCAAAACAAUGUUACCAAACAAUAG